UAUUUUUAUAAUAAUGGUAGUGCUUUUAACAAAAUAUACAAAUGCAUUAGCAUGGGACACAAUAUUAUUAGGAAGUUUCUUGAUUGGGAUAUGCAUUUAUACUUUUAAGUUAUUAUACCAUUGGUUUAGAGCUGUUUGUUUGGCAUUAAGAUUAAAAGGACCACCAGCAUUACCAAUUAUUGGCAAUGCUUUAAUUGCAAUUGAUUCAAAUUGUAUAAAUACAAUAGGCCGAACUGCAGUCGAACAAUAUGGAAGAAUUAUUCGUGGAUGGAUUACUAUUAUACCUUGUAUAGUUUUAGCUGAUCCUGAAAAUAUUCAAGCAGUUUUAGCAUCACCAAAACAUACAGGAAAAGCGUUCAUUUACCGAUUAUUACAUAAUUUUUUAGGUGAAGGAUUAAUUACGAAUACAGGAGCAAAAUGGAAACAGCAUAGAAAACUAAUUCAACCAAUAUUUACAAAUAAUAUUCUGGAAAGUUUCAUUGAUACAUUUUCAGAUAGUGCUCAAAGUUUAUUAACAAAAUUAUCAGCACAUUCUGGUCAAGAUAUCAAUAUUACAUCGUAUAUUAAUAAUUGUGUCUUAGACAUUUUAAAUGAAGCCGUAUUAGGAGUUCCAAUCAAUAAUAAUUGUGCUGAAGAUAUUGGUGAAUCACCAUUUCGAAAAGGUGAAAUUGUUGCACCGUAUAGAUUAGUUCGUCCAUGGCUACUAUUCAAUUGGAUCUACGAAUUAACUGAAGUUGCAAGACGUGAAUUGGAACAAAAACAAAAUUUAAAUAAUUUUACCAAAAAAAUGAUUGAAUAUAAUAAAAAUAUAGAUAAAACGAAAUGUUCCGGACGAAAGUCGUUAUUAGCAAUGUUUCAAGAAAUUGCUGAAAGACAUCCAAAUUUUACUGAACAUGAUAUUGUGCAAGAAAUUUGCACUUUUAUGUUAGCGGGUCAAGAUUCAGUUGGAUCAGCAUUAGCUUUCUGUUUAUACUCAUUAGCGAAACAUCAAGAGCAUCAAGAUAUCGUCAUCAAAGAAUUAGAUACAAUUUUUAAGGAUUCAAGUCGAUCACCAAAUGCACGUGAUUUAGAUGAAAUGUGUUAUUUAGAACAAUGUAUUAAGGAAACAUUACGCUUAUAUCCUAGUGUACCUUUAGUUGCUAGAAAAAUAUCCGAAGAUAUUAAAUUAAAUGACAAAUACACGAUACCAAAAAAUUGUACAGUAUUUAUUUCUCCAUAUUUCACACAACGUUUACCAGACAUUUAUCCAGACCCAGACAACUUUAUUCCAAGUAGAUUUAGCCGUGAAGAAAUUUUAAAAAGACAUCCAUAUUCAUUUAUUCCAUUUAGUGCAGGUCCACGAAAUUGUAUAGGUUACAAGUUUUCCAUAAUGGAAAUGAAAACAGUUAUAUCAACAAUAUUAAGACAUUAUAGGAUAACUUUAUCACCUGGAAAAGAAAAUUUAACAUUAUCUUGGAGAAUAACAAUUCGUGCACGUGGUGGAAUUUGGUUACGAUUAAUUCCUAGAACUAGCUAGUGUA